AAUUCACAGCCGCACAGAGUACAAGAUAGCAACGCAUCACGCGCGCGCGCAAAUUAAAAAAAAAAGCAGGGGACAUGGAAAUUCCCAAGUCAAACGGGGUAGGCGCCGCUGCAUAUUGUAUCAUCAGCUAUCUCCUGGUUUCCGGUCUUCGCCCGCUGGGUUUCUUAUUCGAUCUGGUGACAAUCAAGAAAGCUCCAUCCACGAACCACUCGCCCCACUGCUAGACAUGGAUCCCGCCGCCGGCGAGAAGCCGCACGCCGUGUGCCUGCCGUUCCCGGCGCAGGGGCACAUCACGCCGAUGAUGAAGCUGGCCAAGGUCCUCCACUGCAGGGGCUUCCACGUCACCUUCGUCAGCACCGAGUACAACCACCGCCGCCUCGUCCGCUCCCGCGGCCCGAGCGCCGCCGCGGGCCUCCCCGGCUUCGUCUUCGCCACCAUCCCCGACGGCCUGCCCUCGUCGGACGCCGACGCCACGCAGGACCCGGCGUCGCUCUCCUACUCCACCAUGACCACCUGCCUCCCCCACUUCAAGAACCUGCUCGCUGGCCUCAACGGCAGCGCGUCCGGGGUGCCGCCGGUCACGUGCGUCGUGGCGGACGGCCUCAUGAGCUUCGCCGUGGACGCCGCGAGGGAGCUCGGCGUGCCGUGCGCGCUCUUUUGGACGGCCAGCGCCUGCGGCUACAUGGGCUACCGCAACUUCCGCCCUCUCAUCGACCGGGGCAUCAUUCCCCUCAAAGACGAAGAGCAGCUGACCAACGGGUUCAUGGACAUGGCGGUGGACUGGGCGCCCGGGCUGAGCAAGCACAUGCGGCUCAAGGACUUCCCGACCUUCCUCCGCACGACGGACCGCGACGACACCCUGCUGACCUUCCAGCUACACCAAGUGGAGCGCGCCGAGGCGGCCGACGCCGUCAUCAUCAACACCAUGGACGAGCUCGAGCAGCCGGCGCUGGACGCCAUGCGCGCCAUCAUACCGGCCAUCUACACCAUCGGCCCGCUCAACUCCCUCGCCGACCAAAUCGUCCCCCGCGGGGACCCGCUGCGCACGGUGAGCUCCAGCCUCUGGAAAGAGGACGACGUCUGCCUGCAGUGGCUCGACGGCAAGAGGGCCCGCUCCGUGGUGUACGUGAACUUCGGGAGCGUGACCGUGAUGAGCAGCCACGAGCUGGCGGAGUUCGCGUGGGGGCUGGCCAACAGCGGCCAGGAGUUCCUCUGGAUCGUCAGGCCGGACGUCGUGAAGAGCAGCGAGGCCGCCGGCGCCGCGCUGCCCCCCGGGUUCCUGGAGGCGACCAGGGACAGGGGCCUCGUGGCAAGCUGGUGCGACCAGGAGGCGGUGCUGCGGCACGACGCCGUGUGCGCGUUCCUGACGCACAGCGGGUGGAACUCGACGGUGGAGGCCCUCUGCGGCGGCGUGCCGAUGCUGUGCUGGCCCUUCUUCGCGGAUCAGCAGACCAACUGCCGGUACAAAUGCGCCGAGUGGGGGGUGGCGAUGGAGAUCGGCGACAACGUGCGGCGGGAGGUGGUCCAGCGGAGGAUCGAGGAGGCGGUGGGCGGGGAGAAGGGCGGGGAGAUGAGGAAGAGAGCGACCGAGUGGAGGGAGGCGGCUGUCCGGUCCACGGCGAGAUCGUUGACCUAUCUUGAUUCGCUCAUCCAUGGUGUGUUGCUAUCUGGCAAGAAUGGUUAGCUUCUCUUUUCUUUCCAGCUCGAUCGACCACUGACCGCGCAAACAUGAUCGGGACACCAAAAUUUUAGAAUUUUUUUAUUUUUCCUAGUAUCUAUUUUUAAUUUCACUAUUCAUAUAAGGUGCACGGGACUCCUAUGCAUUUUCGGGUUUGCACGCUCCUAACAAAUUGGAUGGAUGGAUGUAUCGAAAUGGGAUUCGCUAAGGCUUUGUUCGGUUA